AUGGACUUAAAGAAAGCUUACGACACUGUGGAAUGGGGUUUCAUUAGAGAGAUGUUGGUUGCUCUUAAUUUUCCAAAUCAUUUUGUUAAUUUAAUGAUGGAAUGUGUGACAACUCUGAAAUUUUCAUUGAUGGUGAAUGGGGUUUUGCAUGGUUAUUUUCCCUCUAAAAUAGGUCUUAGACAAGGAGAUCCAAUAUCUCCGUUGUUGUUUGUCUUAGGGAUGGAAUAUCUCUUCCGUCUGCUGGCCAAAGUCUCCAUGAUGGAUCAAUUUAAGCAUCAUCCAAGGUGUGCUUCUCUAAAGCUAAAUCACUUAUGCUUUGCUGAUGAUCUUUUACUUUUUUCUAGUGGUGAUGUUCCUUCUAUUAUGCUGCUGUUGAGAGCUUUUAAAAGAUUUUCUGAAACUUCUGGGCUUCAUGCGAACAACAGUAAGACAUUUGUUUACUGCUCAGGUAUGUCUAAAGGUGAUGAGAAAUUUAUUUUGGAAAGCUCUGGCUUUGCUAAAAGUUCUUUUCCUUUUAGAUACCUUGGCAUUCCCAUUUUUUCAAAAAAGAUUUCUGCUGCUGAAUGUGAUAAUAUAAUUGAGAAAAUGGUUGCUAGAAUUCGGGUUUGGAGCUCUAGGAAUGUCUCCUAUGCAGGCUGGUGUGUGCUUAUAAACUCUGUGUUAAUUGCUGUCCAUUCUUAUUGGGCACAACUGAUGGUGUUGCCUAAAUAUGUUUUAGAGCAACUUAACAAAAUUUGCAGGGUCGUUUUAUGGAAAGGCAAUCAUGAUACUAACACUCCAGGAUUGGUUGCUUGGAAUCAAGUUUGUCUUCCAAAAUAUGUUGGAGGGUUGGGUUUUAGGAACAUUGAGCACUGGAACUUUGGAACUUUGGGUAAGUAUGUUUGGGACAUUGCUAGAGACAAAGAUAGCCUUUGGGUUAGAUGGAUUCAUUCCGUUUAUCUUAAAGGCCAAUAUUGGUGGAGCUAUAAUGCCUCACAAAAUUGUAGUUGGUAUUGGAGGAAGAUUGUGGAAGUCAAGAAUGCUAUUAAGGAAAAAAUGGAGAUGGAGGAGUUUAGAAACAUGAAAUUUAAUAUUUCAGGUUUGUGUGGGAAGUUAUGGCCGAACCAAUCACAAAAAGUUUGGCAUGCCUUCACUUGGAACAGGUAUAGCUUUCCUAAACACAAAUUUAUCACUUGGUUAGCUUGUCAAGAUAAAUUGUUAACCAGGGAUAGAUUGAUUCAGUUUGGCAUUACUACUGAAAGUAAAUGCCUCCUUUGUGAGCAGGCUACUGAAACUCAUCAAUAUAUAUUCUUUGAUUGCUUCUAUAGUAAAGAAAUUGUUACAAGUAUCCUUUCUUGGGUUGAGAUGAAGAUGACUCAAAGAACCUUAGAAGCUUGUUUGAAGAGCAUUAAGAGAAGGAAAUUGUCAAAAUUCAGGAGAGAAUUCCUUGUGGAAGUUAUGAACGCUGUUGUUUAUUGUGUUUGGGAAGCAAGGAAUGUUAGUUUGUGGGAGCAAAAAGUCUAUACUGUAAAUAAUAUAGUGAAAAAGAUUAAAUAUGAUGUUUGUAAUAGGUUUUCUCAUUUUAAAAGAGAGAAAACAAGUAAAGUAGAUAGAGAUUGGUAUGAGGCUUUGAGCUCUAGUUAUGGAGCUCUUUGA